AUAUGAUUAUAUAUUGCAGUGCCAAGUUUAUAUCUGUUACACUUGAUUUAGAAUCAUAUAAAUAUAUAUACAGGGUGUCUUGUUAUUCGUGACGCAGUUGCGCGGGCGACGCAUAUAUUAUACACACUCGCGCGUAGGUGCAGAGUGAGAGAGCUUUAAUUGUUGCAGUGAGCCGCGAGAGAGCGAACGAUCAGCUGAGCCUGAACAAAAGAAAAAAAACAAUGGUUAUCUAGUUUGAGCCUUCGUUAUAAUUAAGUUAGAUGUGUGAUGACAUGAAGUGUGCAUAUAACCUUGAAGUGAUUCCUUUUCGCAACUGCAAGCUCAUGCGCGCGAACGUUGAAACUGUGCCAUGUUGCGCGUAUUAUUAGCCACACGGAUGUUCGAAUCAUAUAUACAAUGGUAUAAAUCAGUUUUAGUCGACUCUUUUUACCGCGACUUUCUUACACUCUUUAUUAGCUGAGGAAAUGAAAAAAGGAAAAACUGUUCUUACGUUUGAGAUUUUGGCGGGAGUGAGUAGACGUCGAGUGCAGGAGCGUGAAAUAAAUAGAUCGAAAACCUUGACUUCGGCUGUCUUCAGUGUGUCUAACCUUUCAUUCCAAAUCCUCAAGUUCUCUCGACCGCGCUCGGUUGCAGCGCGCGGGCUGUUUUCAAAAUUUUCAGUAACAAUGACCUCCGCGCGGUGCAGAAGCUUUGUUGUCGCGCCGCGAAAAAUCGUAAAGUGAUCUUACACACUUGCACAAUAAAAAAUAAGUAGAGGACGUCCCGAGAGCUCCGACGAGAGUCGCAAAAUGCUCAAGUUUUGUCGUGGUGCAAGGCAGAAACGCAAGUUUUUCAAGGAAUCCGCUAACCUUUUGCUUCUGGAAUUCGACCACUUGGCUGCGUCGUCCGCUGGAUUCGCGAGUAAUAAUCAGGAAGGAUUCGUAUUCACUCAGUUGAGCGUGACGAGGGGAGUGCCGAGCACCAGCACGGAUCUGAAGGAGGCGCUCUGCGAGAAGAUACCCCUUCACCACGAUCUUCUGCGGAAGUUUCGCCAGCAGCACGGACUGGACGUAGUCAGCCAGAUAACCGUCAAUGACAUCUAUCGCGGCCUCGACGGUGUCACUGCCCUCAUCAGGGAGACCUCCGAGAUCGACUCGCAAUGCGGUAUAAAAUACAGAGGGCUCUCGAUCCCGGAGCUCUACCAGCUGUUACCCCGGCGAGGUAAAUCUCCGAGUCCGGAGGCCGUGUUCUGGCUGCUGUUAACCGGCGACGUUCCCACACACGAGCAGACCGAAGCCCUGACAGCGGACUGGACGGAACGUCGGGAGCGUCGCAAGGACUGGUGGUGGUCAGGUUCGUCAGGCGAGAUCGGCGGCGUCGUCGGUGGCGUCCUCAGAGCUUUACCCAAGAACGUCGCGCCCGUCGGUCGACUCGCCAUCGCCCUGACUGCCCUCGACGCCGACAAGCACUACCGUAAGGCCGUAGAGAGCGGCGCCAUGAGCUACACCUAUUGGGAACACAUUUACGAGGACAGUAUGGAACUGCUGGCCUCGCUGCCGGCGAUAGUCGCCCUCGUGAGCGCUUGUGAGUCAAGACCGACGCCGUUGGCUCUCGAGAAGGCCGACUGGGUCGACUUCUUCAUCGACUGUCUGCACAACACCACCGACGGCUUCACCGAGGCUCAGAGGCAGAGUCUCGCUGAUUUUUUGAGGCUCUACAUCGCCGUCAAUGCAGACGACGACGGUGGAAUACCAGGGGCGCACGUGGCGCAAAUUAUGGGAUCCUGCCAAUUCGACGCCAGUCGAGCCUUAGCCGCGGGUGUGCUUGCCUAUGCCAAUGAACCCACCAGCGGCACUCUAUUUCAAUACAUGGAUUUCCUGGUACAGUUGCAAAACGCCGUUGGCCGAGAACCAAAGAACGAUAUUCUGCGAAAUUUCGUCAGCACCCUCAUCGAUAAGCGAUUCCAAAUCGCUGGACAUAAAAUUGCUCAGUUCGAAGACACUCGAUACACAGUAUUGCGGGACUUUGUGAAGAACCACGUACCCAACGAUCCGGAGAUCAAGUUAUCCCAAGAACUGUCCAACAUCUAUAAGAAGCAGAUCAAAGAGGCCAGAAAUCGCUCGGUCGUCGCUGAGCAGAACGCGAUCGCGGCACCUCUGUUCCAAUUUUACGGACUGCGCGACAUGAACUACAAUCAGCUGCUGUUGUGUAUGGCUCGGGCUCUCGGUAUCGUGGCCUCAAUGAUCUGGACGACGGCCCUGAAUGCUCCGGUCGAGAGACCAAGGGCCAAAUGUACGCACAGCUAUUUCAGCGACUUUCGAAACGACCAUCACGGCCGUCGCGGUAAUACAAGCAGACAUCAGAAAAACACUGGGAAGUAGAGAAGUGGUUCCAACGAAGAUCGAAAAUUCAUUGAUUAUUAUUAAAUAUAUAAUUUAUUGUAAAUUGUAAUUAAGAGAAAUAUAUUUUUUUACUUGUCUCUGUUC